AACUUACUUAUUAAAACUUAAGUAAAUAGAUAAUGAAUAAGUUGAAUUAAAAUCCCAAUUUUAAAGUAUGCAACCGUGUUUAAACGAAGGAUUGUGAGGUGCGCGUAUGCCAUUCCUCACUCUUAACCGAACCCUGAAUCCAGAUCUCUGUGCAGACUUAUUUUAGGUGACUUAUCCCACUUUAUAAUUUGGACGAGUGGCGAUUCCCUUUUUUUUAUAUUUUCACACUUAAUUUUUCAUUUAUUUUGAAAAAAAUCUUAAGUGGUCGUCAACAGAUUGGCGACUCCACUGGGGAACCGAACCUAGAAUCUCUGGUUUCCAUAUUCUAGGUUCACUAGGGUCAAGCCAAUACUUUAACUUUGGGAGAAUUUUCAACUUUUGAUUUUCUUUGUUUGUUGAGUCUUUGUUAGUCUUUGUGCUUGUUGCUUGUUGCUUGUUGCCUAUUGCUUGUUUGCUCAUUGUUUUAGUGGUUGCUUUGAUUGUUUUGCCUUUGAGUAGUUAUCUUGCUACAUCUUGACAUGCAUCAUAUCAUCUCACAUGCUCAUGUAUCAUUGAUAUAACAUGCUUAUUCAUCAUGCAUCAUGCAUCAUGCAUCAUGCUUACAUGUCUACUUGCUUGUGUGGAUAUACUCAUCUUUUACACUUGGCUAUGGAGUACUCAGUGAGUCUCUUCCCUCUUGUGUGAUUAUUUAUAUCUUGUUGCAUGCUAAGUGUUGGUUGCUAAGUGUUACUAACCUUUUGCAUUUGGCAUGGGAGUACUAGGUGAGUCUUUUCCUGUUGUGUAAGUAGGUUUGUUUGUGGAUGAUAUAUUUGUUAAGUGCUUUACAUGCUUUAUUUGAUUGUUGUGGGAUAUAUGUUGUUGCUUUUUGUGGUUGCCAUUAUGCAAGUUAUUGAAGUGUCAUGCCCCUUUGCACACACUCACCUUCAUUUUGCAUUAGGUCCGUGUCGGAGGUGAACUUGACCUCUAGUCUGGAAUCCUUAUGAAUCUGGCUUGGACGAGCAAUUCUUUUCGCUUUGAGGAGUAAGAUCAAUUCCCGUUAGGUUGUUUCCAUUGGUUAAUAUGACACUUGAUGAUGUAAUAUCAUUCUGUGUAUUAGCUUUUGGAAAUAUCUCCCAUUGAUUCUGAAAGGAUAAAUGGUUGAGAAAGCCUAAUGCCCUUUAGGAAAACAUGUAUUAGCUUUAAAGAGAUACCAACCCUAGGACAUGUUUCCUUAGCAUCCCACCUGUGAGGUUAGGCCUCUCGUGUUUAAGACACAAAAGGGCAUUUUACUUCACUAACCUUGUCUCCACAUAUGACAGGUUUUAAUUCUUAUAUACAUUCGAGGUAUGAUUAGUUAUUCAUCUUCUGCAUUUAGACAUCAUUCUUGAGGUUAGGUGCAUUCCAUGCACUUUGUAUCUUCACUUUCAACCCUGUGCAUUAAAAAAAAAAAGUAAAAAAAAAAGAAGAAGAGUUCAUGAUUGUUUCACAUGUCAUGUAUCCAUCCCAUUCAUUUCACAUUAAAUCUUCCAUAUGUCUUGAAAAUUUCACGUAUGUUCAUUGUAUUGCAUUUUCCAUCUCAUGCAUCAUAAAAUAUGUUUUCAUGUUUGUCUUGUGGGGCAUUCUUCAUCAUACUCCUUUUAAAUCCCAUUUUUCAUCUCAUAUUUCACAAAAUUUUACAAAAAAAAAUGAAAUUCCACUCAUAUU